GCUAUCUGGGAACGCCACGUUCCAGAGUGGUCGAGUCAGUCCGACACAGCAAGCACUGUGUAGUAAAAGCCACGUUUAAUUCUUCUUCUUCUUCUUUCCAUUUCCAUUUAAUAUUAUCUCUCUCUUUCUCAACUUUUUACCUUCUUUGUGUACAAAUUUUGGAGCCAUCUUUUGGGUCUUUUGGAGAAUAUUCAGAGAUAUGGGUGAUGCAGUGUUUGAAUUCCUUGAGAACGGUGACGGUGACAAUCGGGAAAAUAGCAGAAGAGGGAUUCAGAGUCAGAGUCGGAGUCAGAUUCAGAGUCUUGUAAUAGAUAUAUACCCUUUGAGUAGCUACUAUUUUGGGUCCAAAGAGGCAAUUCUCUCCAAGGAUGAGACCAUGGCUGAUCGUGUUCGGAGAUUAAAAUCCAACUAUUCUGCUCAUGGAUUGAGGACUUGUGUAGAAGCAGUUAUUCUGGUGGAGCUGUUUAAACAUCCUCAUAUGCUGCUUUUGCAAAUAAGAAACUCCAUCUUUAAGCUUCCGGGGGGUCGGUUAAGACCUGGAGAAUCAGAGAUUAAUGGAUUGAAACGCAAGUUGUCAAGGAAGCUGUCGGGGAACGAAAAUGGUGAUGGUACAGAAUGGGAGGUUGGAGAAUUCCUUGGAAAGUGGUGGAAGCCGGACUUUGAAACAUUGCUCUAUCCAUACUUGUCACAUAAUAUUAAAAAGCCUAAGGAAUGCACAAAACUUUACCUUGUAAAGUUGCCUGAAAGUCAAGAGUUUAUCGUACCGAAAAAUCUCAAAUUGCUUGCGGUUCCUUUGUGCCAGAUUCAUGAAAAUCACAAGACAUAUGGACAGAUAAUAUCAGGGGUCCCACAAUUGUUAUCCAAAUUCUCCUUCAACAUUAUGGAAACUUAAUAACUAAGACACUUUUUUCAAGAAAAAAAACUAAGACACAGAGACGUAUAUAUAUAAGUGUGUGUGUGUUUGUGUCUGUUGUAUGAUAUUGAGUGAGCGAGUGAGUUUUUACCUUAUAUACCUUGGUUUCAGCCUUUCAGGGAAUCUUUGAUUAUACAUGUAAAUUUCUUUAUGGGAAAACGACAAGUGAGUUGUAUUAUUUUGUAAGUUUUUUUUUUCCUUUUGGAACAAUUUAUUUUGUACUAUUGUACUCCAUUAAUAAUAAAGAUUUUUUUUUUCUUAAGUACA